AUUUGUCACAACAUAUAAUUGCCAAACCAGAAAUGCAGCAGUCAACGAGUGCGAGUCAAAGAAAAAUGAGAAUGACAGCCGCAGAACUUCAUACCACUGAGGUGGAGGCUGUCAGAGAGACGCCAGAGCUGCAUUCAAGCUGAGCAUCGGCAUCAACAUCAACUACUUUAUUAUUUUUGGUUUUGGUUUUUGUGCGUUAAUCAGGACACAAAAACACAGCAGAGUGUGUGUCAGACAUGGCUGCCUCCUGCUACCCACUGUCUGAAGAUCAGUUUGUGUGCUCCAUCUGUCUGGAUGUGUUCACUGAUCCAGUUGCCACACCUUGUGGCCACAACUUCUGCAAGAAGUGCAUCACUAAACACUGGGAUGUCAACGUCCCAUGCAAGUGUCCCAUGUGUAAAGAGACGUUCUACACAAGACCGGAGCUGCACGUCAACUCUCUGAUCUCUCAGAUGGCUGCUCAUUUCAAAAAGUCAGACAAACAGGAGGUCAAAGCGAAAAACCCAGAUUUAAAAGAAAUAUUAGGCGUCAGACCUUCCUGUAACAUCUGCACUGGAACCAAAAAGAAAGCCACAAAGUCCUGCCUGAUAUGUAUGGCAUCCUAUUGUGAGACUCACCUGCAGCCUCAUCUGACAGCACCAGAUCUGAGAAAACAUCAGCUCGUCCCCCCUAGGAAAAAUCAGCAACGUCAGAUGUGUCUGAAGCACGACAAACCUCUGGAGGUUUUCUGCAAGAAAGACCAGCUGUGCGUCUGCAUGAUGUGCACGAUUUCAGACCACAAGAUGCACGACGUUGUCCCUGUGACUAAAGAGUAUGAAGAAAAGAAGAAUGCGCUGGGUAAGACAAAAGCUGAAGUCAAACUCAUGAUCCAGAAGAGGCAGUUGAAAAUUCAGCAGAUCAAGCACACGCUUGAGUUCAGUAAGAAGGACACACACAGAGAAACAGCAGAUGGUAUUCUGGUUCUAACUGCUCUGAAGGACUCUGUUGACAGAGCCCUGGCUGAAUAUACUGACACGAUCAACGACAAGCAAGAAUCAACAGAGAAACGUGGUGAGGGCUUGAUCAUGGAGCUGGAACAAGAAAUCUCUAACCUGAUUGAGAGAAGCGACGAGCUGGAGAAGAUCUCACACUCUGAAGACCAAAUUCACUUCCUCCAAGGCCUCCGAUUCUUUAACGAUGCUCUACCCACCAAGGACUGGUCAGGUGUCAUUGUCAAACCACCGUUAUUUCAGGGCAUGGCAGAAGCAGCAGUUACUGAGUUGAAAAAGAAGCUUGACAAAGAGAUAUGUUCCUUCUUUGUGGAAGAGCUGAAGAAGGUCCAGGAUUAUGCGACAGAUGUCACAUUCGAUCCCAAUACAGCAAAUUCCUGGCUCGUCUUGUCAGAAGAUGGGAAACAGGUGAGGUUUGGUGAUGUCAAUCGGACAUUGCCAGACACUCCAAAGAGAUUCUCUUAUUACGCUGGUGUCCUAGGAAACCAGGGUUUUUCUUCAGGAAGAUUUUACUUUGAGGUUCAGGUUGCAGGGAAGACAAAGUGGGAUUUGGGAGUGGCCAAGGAGUCAAUCAACAGGAAGGGCCAAGUCACACUGGACCCCCAACAUGGUUUCUGGACCAUAUCUUUGAGAAACGAAAACGAGCACAAAACCUUUCCUCGAUCAAAUGUUCACCACAUGCUCAAGUUGUCCCCUCAGAAAGUGGGUGUGUUCGUGGACUAUGAGGAAGGUCUGAUCUCUUUCUAUGACGUUUACGCCGCAGUUCGAAUCCACUCCUUCCCAGCCUGCUCAUUCAGUGAGAAAAUCUACCCAUUCUUCAAUCCCUGCAAUAAUGACAACGGAAGAAACUCCGCCCCUCUGAUCAUCUGUCCAGUCCCAAACACCAACCUAAUGCCACAUCGCUCAGGAAUAAACCAGAAUUGACAAAUUAGUCAAGAAGAAAAUUUACAAUACUUUUUUACUGCUCUUUAAUCUA